AUGGAAUGUGCUAUGAAAGAUGUUGAAGACAAUUCAUAUUCCAUCAGAGCAGCUGGAAAAAAGUGGGGAAUUCCUGCGAGCACUUUAACAUUUUGGCUUUCAGGGUUGACAACAACAAAAAGAAGAGGUCCACCAACGAUCCUUUCGUUGGAAGAAGAGCUAGAAAUUGUUGAUUGGUGCAAAGAUAUGGUGCAACUUGGUCACGGAUUAGAGAUCAUUUAUCUAAAGUCACAUGUAGCUCAUAUAUGUGAAACAAGGCCAAAUCCAUUCAAGAAUGGUUUCCCAGGCAGAUCAUGGUGGACAGGUUUCCGCAAAUGCCAUCCAGAUUUGACAAUAAGGACUGCAGAGGGUCUGGAUAGGGAUAGAGCAGUAAUGCUACGACCAAGUAUUGUGACAAAUUUUUAUGACAACCUGGAGAAAUUGUACAAUGCUUUUGAAUACGGACCAACAAAAACAUGGAAUUCUGAUGAAAUAGGUGUGCAAGCAGGCAGGAACUGCGGGAUGCGAGUAAUUGCAAAGUUGGGUAGUAGAAGUGUCCCACAAAUUUUAUCAAAGAGCAGAGAGUGGAUAACAAUUUUAUGUUGUGUUAAUGCAACAGGUCAUAGCAUUCCAGGAUUUUAUCUUUUCAAGGCCAAAAGACAGCUUAAAAACUACAUUGCCAACUGUGAACCGGGAGCAUGUAUGGCUACACAACCACAUGCUUGGAUGACAAAAGAAUUAUUUUUAAAUUGGCUAUAUCACUUUGCCAGAUCUAUUCUGGGUGGAGUUUCACCCACAAACAGACAUCUCCUUAUAUUUGACGGUCAUCGAAGCCAUGUUGCUUUGACCACAAUCCAUGAAGCAAGAUCUCUUGGUAUUGAUCUUCUAACAUUGCCUGCCCACACCAGCCACAAAUUGCAACCUCUAGAUGUGAGUGUGUUCUCUCCAUUCAAGGCACAUUUCAAAUUUGAAAGGUCAAAAUGGAUGGCCAAACAUCCACACAUAGAAAUAAGGAGAACUGACUUGACAGAACUUGCAAGUAAAGCAUUCAAACUUGCCCGUGUGUUAGAGCUUGAUCUUGUUUCAACUUGUCAUUCAUCUAUAAGUUAG